AUGUUCACGCGAGAAAGCAGACUGAUAAAUUUGCUAGAGAAAUAUUCAAACAAGCUGGAAGAUUUUCAGACGAAGAGGGCGGAAAUAACAAACAAACAGCCACAGAAAAUUUACAAAAUCAAAAGUCACAAAAUCGAAGAUAAAAUAACAACCACCCAAGCUUCAUCUACCUUUUCUUUGAGCACAACCGAGCCUUCCGAUUCCGAGAGUCAAUUCAUUCCAGAAUAUGAGCUUCACAAAUCACAGCCAGAAGCUGGGCUCGGCAACCUGAGUGGAAAACCUGAGUCAGGACCAGAAAACAAAGCUCCACCUCCACCAAAAUUCACCAAUAUUUCUUUGGUCGAACAAAAUGGACUUUUCAACCGAUUUCAGCGGCGAAAAACCAGGCUCGUUGAAUUCUGCGAGGCUUGGAGCAAAGAGGGCCGCGUGACGCACAAGUUCAACAAUCAGAAAAUCGGAGUUGCGUUUCCCGAAGCAAAGUUGCUGCUUUGCGCGCCGUGGAAGUGCGGGUCUAGUUUUUGGAGGCAAUAUGUAGUCGCGCUGCAUAAGAAGAUCAACGGGCCAAACUGGUCAGACAGCCGGGUCAGGGGUGAAGAUCCGGUCUACGCCCAUCUAUCGCCAGAGGAAAAGCGCAAGUUGCUGUACUCGCCCGAGACUGUUUCGAUUUUGGUCGUGCGACAUCCUCUUAUUCGCCUCAUUUCCGCGUGGAAUGAGAAGUUUCACCGAGACUAUCGCUAUGGCUACUCGAUGUUCAGAAGGGAGCACAAUCUUUCGAAGUAUGCGAAAGAAAAGGAUGAAACGCACUGGGUUAGUUUUGCGGAUUUUGCAAGGUGGAUUGCUUUUGAUGAUUAUCAGUUGAAGAACAAACACUUUCGUCCACAAAGCUACAUGUGUCCUCCUUGCGGCACUCGAUUCCAGUAUAUUAUAAAAGCCGAAACCAUGACGGAAGAUAUCGCCGCGGUUUUCAACAAUCACACAAGACUCUUCGUCAAUGAUACGCUCUGGUCUGGAUCGCCCUUUCAUUCGAUGAAAGGCGGCUUUGGAGGAAAAUCGCCAGUUGACAUGGCCAAAAAAGCAAGAGCUUUUUAUGAAAACUUGGAGCGGCCGGUUUUGGAAGGAUUGGUCAAAGUGUUCAAAAUGGACAUGUUGGCGUUUGGCUACACUUUCGAUCUCAAAACCAGAUCUAUUGGUGGACUCACAGUUUGA